CUGGAGCAUGCAAAGUUGAGAAAUAUGUUCUAACAACUUUUGUAAAAGAUUGUUUCAAAAUUCAUGGCCUGCCUACAUUCAUUACAGGUACUUGAAACCAUGAGAAGGGUAUAUCAUCGACUGCUGGUUACACCUGUACAUUACUCUGAUGAGUGGCGGAAAUUGUUCUUAUAUACUGCAGGAAUGACAAAUGUUGAUAUAACGAGAUUUCCUCACUUAGAAGUGGAGUAAUCUUAUCACAUAUUCAAAAUAAUGUGUAAAUACACAACGCAUUAUAUGGGACAAAUAGGAAAUGGUGUUGUGAUCCUGUUUCUGUUAUGGCACGUGCUACUCGUGUACCUUUAGACAAAGGAUGGGCAUGGAUGGUGGUACUAGGGACAUUUGGAAACUUGGCGCUAGUAGUCGGGAUUCUGAAGUCCUUUGGAGUACUUUUGGUUGAGCUGUCACAUAUAUACAAUGUACCGGCUAGUUUGCUUGCCUCCUCACAAUCUCUCUGUGGCUGGCUACAUUUAGGACUGGCCCCGUUGUCGAACAACCUCAGUCAGCGGUUCAGUCACCGCUUGGUGGUAUUCUGUGGCGGUGUCCUGUCAGUGGUAGGAUUGGUCGCCACAAGCUUUGUCAGAGAUGUUGGGUGGUUCUUUAUAACAUACGGAGUCAUCACAGGACUCGGGUUUGGGCUCAUCUUGGCACCUGCGCUAGUAAUGCCGGGACUUUAUUUUGAAAAGAAGCUUCCAUUGGCCCUUGGUCUCAGUUCCUCCGGUUCGGGAUUGGGAUCCUUCAUAUUCCCAAACCUAAUGAGAUUUCUUCUGGAUGAGUAUUCUGUUGGCGGUUGUUUGCUCAUCAUGGGAGGAAUUAUGCUACAUGUUUGUCCAUUUGCUCUUCUUUAUCGACCAACACUGUACUGGGAGAAGAAAAGUUACACAACAAAUAAAACAAAACAUAUUUAA